GGUCAAGUCACGUAGGUAUAAAAUAAAAUAAUAUAUUUUAUUUUAUACCUACGUGACUUUACCGAAUAAAACCAAAGAGUAUGGAUCCCUGCAGUCACGAAAACUUCAAAUCUAGAAAGAUGAUUCGACCCUGGAGUCGCUGACAUUGAUUAAUCUGUCACUGUAUCCGGGUUGUGUCUGGGCUCUGCGAUUGUCUUUUUUCGUCUGGAAUAUUCUGACGUUCAGCCCCGCUUUUUAAAAUAAAGCCGCGAGGUUUCCCGCCUUCGACCUCGCAUCUCCUGCGCGCGGGUCGUGGCGGCUCGCCGUGGGUUUCCUGCCUCAGAGAUCACGGAGACCGAGGUACUAGGCCCAAGCCACGGUGUUUCCUAGAUUCCCUGCCCGGGACCGUGGUGCCCGAGCCCGGUUGGGAACGCGAUUAGAAAGCACAGCAGAGCCUCUGCUUGUCCAAAGGAGCUUUUGCUGGCCGGAUAAAAGUGGGGUGAACGGGCGCUGCACUGAAGGAUGUUGAGUUGAUUGGAAUUGCCGGAGGGAAGAGGAGCGACGCUGACAACAACGAGGAAAGCGUCAGUUCCUCUGUCGCGCUGCAGAAGCGAGCACAUGGAGUGGAUAUAACUCGCCAGCCUGGCAUUAAUUGGCACCAAUGUUCAUACAGCACGGAUCACAAUGUCUGCAUGAAGAAGCACCAGAGGGCACACACGGGAGAGAACCCAUGCCAGUGCACUGUGUGUGGGAAGGCAUUUGCACAGUCAUCGCAUCUUCAUGAUCACCAGAGAACACACAUGGGGGAGAAGCCCUUCAAGUGCACUGUGUGUGAGAAGGCAUUUGCAGAAUUAGACCAAAUACUCAAACAUCAGCAAACACACAGGGGUGAAACACCCAUAAAGUGCGCUCUGUGUGGGAAAACGUAUGCAAAGUCAUCACAUCUUUACAGACACCAGACAACACACAUGGAUGAGAAGCCCUUCAAAUGCACCGAGUGUGGGAAGUCAUUUAAACGUUUUGAAUCUCUUCAAAGGCACCAGAGAAUACACACGGGCGAGAAGCCAUUUAAAUGCACUGUGUGUGGGAAGGCAUUUCCACAGUCAAUACAUCUUACCAACCACCGAAGAACGCACACAGGCGAGAAACCAUUCAAGUGCACUGUAUGUGGGACGGCAUUUGCACAAUCGGGAGAUCUUGUCAAACAUCAGCGAAUACACACGGGUGAAAAGCCUUUCAAGUGCACUGUGUGUGGGAAGGCAUUUGCACGGUCAGAAGUCCGAACCAAACAUGAGAAGAUCCACAAGAAGAGGAAGGUGAAAUCGACUUGUGCAAAUCAAAGUGUUGCAAAGAGAUCCUCUCUCGUGAAACAAGAAGCAGAAGAAAAUCCCAGUUUCACAACUUGGCCAGAAGUGAAGGUCAAAUGUGAAGAUGAAGAUUUGACUCCAGUGCUGGACAUCCAGGUCAAUGGAGGCAGUGUGAAGCAGGAGGAGAACUCAGACGCCGAGAGAGAGCGAGGUGACCCCCAGCAGUUUGUCGAUGUAGAGGUAUGGGUGGACUACUUGAGUGAUGCGAAGAAACCAGAAACACUUGUAGACUUUGAUUCUGUGUAGUUUAACCAGGAGCUUGAGACUAAGACACUCCUAACAAAUCACUGUAUUCACUUCUCUCAUUACAAGAAUGCAUGCAGCUAUAGGCAUCAUUCAGUCAGAGAUAGGCUCUCAGUAAAUGUGUAAUUCAGUGCAGUAGUGAAAUAUUGUCUCAUUGCAAGAUAGUAGGGGGUGCCGUUUUUGAUCGUUUAGAAUUUUAAUAUGAUUGUGAUAUUUAUUCUAGAGUUGAAGCUUUCGUGACUGCAAGGAUUCAUACUCUUAGGUUUUUUAGGUAAAGUCACGUAGGUAAAAAUAAGUAAAUAAUAAAAUAAUACAGAUAAAAUUAUAGAUCACGACGUUUCGGAGGCAACACAAGUCUCCGUCAUCAGGUGGGACCGUCACAGCUAAAUUUACUGUAUCAAGUGAGGCAAAAUUCCAAGAGACAAGCUCUUAAAUACAAGUUAAGGGGGAGGGAGGGGAAGGGCUUAUCUGAAUGUGGUAGCCAGUGCAUGGAACAUGUUGGGGGGGUGGGCGGGGCUAAAAGAGAACAAUCGGUGUACCUCGACUUGGGGUUGUAACCGGUGUUGGCUGACAAUCCAAAUACAAAAAGGGCAGUACUGUUAAACGCUGGGGAUGUCAACACUCGGUAAAGUAGAAUAGUACCUGUCAAAUAAGAUGGUACAAAUAUGUGUAGUUAAAUAUUUUUUACAUGGUUAAUAACAUCUUUCCAAUUAUUACUCAGUAUGUACCGAUCAUCAAGGUUGAAGUUAAGUCUGUGUUUGUAUAUCUGGAUGGCUUCGUGUACAAACUUUUGAUGGUAGCCAGAAAGUUUGCAGAGCACCUUGGUCUCGGAAAAGACAAUAUCAUGACCAAUAUCAUGACUAAGGUGCUUUACCGAAAAAAACCUAAGAGUAUGAUUGUGAUAUAUUUUUACUUUUGGAGUUGACAUCUUGUAGUGAUACAAAAUAAAUGGUUUUCUACUUAGUUCUAUAAUAUUCUAAUUGCCAAUUGACUGAUAAUGUUAUUAGAAUGCUUGCAGCAAGUGUGUUUUGUUAGUGUGUGGAGCCCAGUAUUGGAUGAAGCCUCUCAUUCGCCACACAUCUGCUCUGGUGCCUGCAUUGAUAUGUGGCAGGGAUCUGUGUUCAGCAUCGUUAAACCUCCGUGCGAGCCAGGUCCUUUUGCACAAUGGUGGGGAUAAUGUCUCCCAACCGGACAGUACUGAUGAUCCCAAUUAAACAUGAUUUAUGUUCAUAGGCAGGGAUAUGCGUUAAUUGAUGGGCUAUAAUAACAUGGGAGCAGUAUACCGUUGCAGUGGUGUCCUGCCUCUGCGUGAAGCUAUACUGAACACUGACAUUUCUGGAUCAUCUUAAAGAAAACGUCAGGAAAUGUCAAGACACGCAACAACCUCCUUUACAUAUUUUUUUUGUAUAUGGGUAACCACUUACACACUCUUUAUGUGGUACCCAUGACACACAACACGAAGACAAAUGACUCCCAUAUAGCCUCUAACAGAUUUUAGGACAAGUGCUGUUAGCGAAUAGCAAUGAUUGAAGCCGGCACCAGCACACGAGCAGAUGGAUGGCCAUGACCACGCAUUGCAACCUUUGUGUCCCCAGACACACUUGUACAUACAUUUUUUCUAAUGGCUGAUAUAGAUGCAACGCAACAACAACAAUUUAACUUUCAGGUGGCCAAGUUAGCCACUCAAGCACACUGCCCCACACGCAGUCACUCCACUCAAAAAUCACAGACACCAUGCUGAAGUUCACCCACACACGCAGAAAUCACACUACACCGAUCUUGAAUGAACUUCAGUUCAGUAAAUAUUCAGUGAGCAGCACCUAGCCUAUCCCUAUUCAAUCCCUGGGUGUACCCUCACUUUACUUCUCACCUCGCAGACGCACUCACGGUGUCGCAUGGACGCGGUGGGAGUCGGAGGGACGAGGGUAUGAGAGGUCUCUACCUGGGGUCGAGUAGUAGCAGCACUCGCCAGCAUGUCUCGGACGCUGCGAGCGGCUAGGAGUCGGAAUCCAAAGAUCCAGGGUCACGUGGUGUUAUCCUGUGCGGCCAAUUGGGCGCCUACCUUUUGAUUUUAAACCGAUGCCCCGCCCCAACCUGGAGCGUUGCGUGCCAUUACUUCUUGAUCCAUUGUCUACGCCCCCGUCCUCCCCACCCGGACUCAACCGGUUUGAUAGGGGUGGCCGUCCCGCGGAAUACACAGCUGCAGUCGGUCCAGGAAUUUUCCUCCCACCUCCUCUUAUGUGCUGCUUGCGGAGUGUUUGCCCACGAGGCCCUAUCUCCCUGUGCUGUGAGUGUAUCAUUGCGGUUAGCCCGGUGAGCUUCGUCGUGCCCAUACAAUUUUAAGCCAAUUCACGGGGGCCGCAAUGGAAUUUGGCCUGGGGGGGUGGGGUCAGCCAAUCUCCUGGCACUGGGAAACCGUGGGACAUCCCCGCUAGGGGCCCCUCGGGUAAAAACCCAUGGUACCAGGGACCCCCCCCCCCCCACACGUGGGUGCGUGUGUGUGUUUAGUGGGGGUGUGCAUGCGUUCGUGUGGAGGGGUGCUAGGGGAUGGCAGCGCCGGCAGAGUUGCUCCAUUGCCGUGGCACCACAUUGUCCACUGUGUAACCGGGAGUAAUCCUGUGGUGUGCCUUUACAAAGACUGCGGCGGGGCCUUCAAAACAACAACACAGCUGAGCGAACUUGCCGAACGGGUACCAGCAGUUCUUUCUACAGCAUUUGUUAUAAAGUGUUAAAUGUAUGCAUGGGUUUGUGUAAAUGUGUUUGUUUUUUACUUAUUAUGCUUAGAAUAACACUUAAUGGUAUUUUACAUAGAAUUGAAGCUUUCGUGUAUGCAGGAAUUACUAUACUCAUUGGUUCUUUCGGUAAAGUCACGUAUGUAGAAAUAAAAUAAAAUUUAAAUAAAUCACAAAUAAAAUAAAUCACGACGUUUCGAACGCAACACAAGCGCUCCUCAUCAGGUGAAAAUUGGGCAAAACAGCGAGGGAAUACACAGUGGGACAUCACACAGCACACAUAGAACGGCAAACUGCAUGGAGGCAAAUACAGCAAGAAGACAGGAAACGCGAACUCAACAAACCUUAGAAAUAUACGAUGCAAACCAGCUGGCCAACAACACAGACACUAACUUGGUUGACCACGUAUUUCAAAAGAAUUA